GCCUAAACCACGCAACAUUGACCACAACACGUCGAUUAUGGCUUUCUACACCAGCCAACGCCUGAGUCUCAAGGGUCAUCUCUGCACAGUGCGCUUUAUCGGCUCUGUCCAGGGGAAGUCCGAUGAGUGGCUUGGAGUCGAAUGGGAUGACCCAGCUCGAGGGAAGCACAACGGCACGUUCGAGGGCGCCAAGUAUUUUGAGUGCAAAAGCAAGUCGUCCACCGUUGCCUCGUUUCUGAGGCCCAAGCAGCCAUGGGACGAACCAAGGAGUUUCUAUCAAGCCCUACGUGCGAAAUACAUGUCUGAUGAUGCUGUCACAACCAAGGAGAAAGUCUACUUCUCUUCCAAGCAAGCCGAGGAAGUUGGCUUCGAGAAAUUUGCCAGACGACAAGCGGCACUGCAGGGUAUUCAUGUGUUGAUCCUGGACCACAUGCGGAUCCGUCAUGUCACGAAUGGCGAGGACGAUGCCAUCCGAGACGCUUGUCAAGACAUCACCGAAUUGGAUAUUGGGGGAAAUCUCUUCGAGAGCUUCAACGAGAUCCUUGGCCUGGUCACCCUGCUUCCGAAGCUGACCCACCUCAUCCUCGAUGGCAACCGCUUCACCAUCCGCCCGGACAAUGAUCCUAUCACUCUGCCACAACUAUCUUCGCUCAGCCUCUCGAAUACUCUGCUUCAGCAAGACAAUCAGACUUUGGGCUUGAUGGUCUCCCGCCACUUCCCAGGUAUCAAAACGCUCAGGAUUGCCGACGACGAGGCUCGCACGACGAGUUCUCUGGGUGUUGAAGCAUUGCCUGCCCACAUCACUGCACUUGACUUGUCGAGUAACAGCUAUUCGACCUUGUCCGAUCUACAACAUCUAUCCCACUGCCACGAGCUACAGAAGCUCAACGUGGAGAAAUGCCAUAUCGUAGGUGUAGGAGAGCGAGGCACAGUCGUGAGCAGCUCGAGCACAAGUCUUGAUUUAGCCCACAACAGCAUCGAAUCUUGGGAUGUGAUCGAUGCUCUCCAUGUGGCCUUUCCAGCAAUGACCCAGCUUCGUAUGACCGGUAAUCCGAUAUACAACAAUCUGAAGUCAGCUACAGGCAAGAAGCUGAUGGCAGAGGAUGCUUACAUGCUCACAAUCGCACGCUUGCCGCAACUAGACAUGUUGAACUACAGUAAGAUCACUGAGAAGGAGAGGCUCAAUGCUGAUAAAUACUAUCUCCAUGAGAUUACCGCAGAGCUGGCAGCGGCGGAUCUGGAUAGACGACAUGAGAUCUUGGAUAAGCAUCCGAGAUGGAGCGAAUUGUGCGAAGAGUAUGGCGAACCAGCGAUACCAGACUCCUUGAGCAGGGAUGCUGUCGACCCCCGCAGUCUAGCAGCAAGGCUCAUCGACGUCACGUUUGUGUUUGAUGCCUACCACCAAUGGGAAGUCAAGGUACCAAAGUCACUCAGCAUUUACUCUGUCAUGGGCAUGCUUGGCAAGAGAUUAGGUGUGAUGCCUACGCACGUCCGUCUGGCUUGGGAGACGGGCGAACGUGAUCCGCUGGGACAUGGUGGCAACAGUGAAGGCCUUACUGAAUGGGAUUCGGACGAGGCAGAAAGUGAACUGGACGAGCCUCAAACAUACUCCGUGGCGAGGGAAGUGGAACUGGUGGCCUCAACGCGAACGCUGGGUACAUAUAUCGAGGGGCGCGAAGCUCGCGUACGAGUGGAGCGGCGAUGAUGAGUGAGUGCCAACGUUUCCUGUACCCGGGCUUGGUGAACGGAGGGGAUACCAUUUUGGAGAGGGGGCUCGAGGACAGACUUGCAGAUGGGCUCGAUUGCUUGUUAGCGUAGUGCUCACCGUCCUUGCCGAAGUCACCCAAACCAUAGAUUCAUUGACGAUAUCAAUGCGCUCAGGAUAUGAACACAUGCGACUGCCCAAAUAAUUAAUGCAC